AUGUCGGCUCUAAACGAUGCCACAAAUCUCAUCAAGGACAACACGAGGGCUCUCCCGCCUCAGGCAGUCUUCUCCCAAAUGCUGCUCAUGGGAGCAGUCUCACUUGUUACUAUUCUCACUUUCAAUAUCUUACGGCCAAAGAACAAGAUUAUAUACGAGCCCAAGGUCAAGUAUCAUGUCGGCGACUCCAAACGACCGCCUCGAAUAGACGACUCUAUCCUCGGCUGGCUCCCGCCAUUAAUACACACCAAGGAGCCCGAACUCGUUGAGAAGAUUGGCCUUGACGCGGCAGCCUUCCUUCGUUUUGGCCGGCUCAUGCGGUGGCUGUUCACCGCUGUUGCUGGUGUUUCCUGCGCCAUCUUACUUCCCAUCAACGUUGUCUACAACGUACAGAACAAAGUUAAGAACAGGGAUAUUUUCAGCAUCCUCACCAUCCGUGAUGUGUCCGGAAAUGUCCUUUUUGUUCACGUCGGUGUCUCCUACCUGAUAACCUUCCUCGUCAUGUUUUUCGUCUACAUUCAUUGGCGGCAAAUGGUCGUUCUUCGACGGGCAUGGUUCCGCUCCCCAGAGUACCUUGGUGCUUUCUUUGCUCGCACUCUUGCCGUGCGCCAUGUACCCAAGUCUUAUCAGAGUGACGAUGGCCUCAAGCAAAUCUUCGAUUCUGUCCGAGUGCCAUAUCCUACGACUAGCGUCCACAUUGGACGCAAGGUCGGAAAGCUUCCCGAACUUAUCGAAUACCACAACCAAACUGUCCGCGAACUUGAAACCUACCUUGUCAAAUAUCUCAAGGGCGGAGUUGUCGGGCGCAAGCGGCCCAAAGUGCGCAUUGGCGGCAGUUGUGGAUGCGGCGGUCAGAAGAAGGACGCGAUCGAAUACUAUACUGAGAAACUGAAGCGAACCGAAGGUGCCAUCGAGGACUACAGACAACAUUUCCAUGAACACAAGCCGGAAAACUAUGGCUUCGCCAGCAUGGCUGCCGUGCCUUACGCUCAUGUUGUCGCAAAGAUUCUCGUCAACAAGCAUCCCAAAGGCACAGAGAUCGACCUUGCACCAAAUCCCAAAGACAUCAUCUGGGAAAACAUGAGCAAAUCGGACGCUGAGAUUGCUAGCAAAAAAAUGAUGGGUUUCUUUUGGCUUGCGCUCGUUUGUUUCUUCAACACCGUCCCACUAUUCGUCAUCUCGAUUCUGGCUAAUCUUGCUUCGCUGACAACCUUCGUCCCAUUCCUGGAGACAUGGAACGAGAAGUCUAAUACCACUUUCAACAUCGUAUCUGGUAUACUCCCUCCAGCAGUCUCUGGCGUUUUCGGUUUCUUCCUUCCUAUCAUCAUGCGAAGCCUUUCGAAGUACAUGGGUGCUCUGACCAAUUCUCGACUUGAUCGUGCUGUUAUCGCUCGCUAUUUCACCUUCAUGGUGAUUAGUCAGCUUAUCAUAUUCACGUUGCUCGGCGUUAUCUGGCAAUCUGUGGAACAGGUUGUCAUUGCAAUUGGUAAAAAAGCUAGCUUCAAACAAAUCCUGGACAAUCUUCAUACACUGCCGGACACUAUCAACCGAACCUACAUCAAUCAGAGCAGUUAUUGGCUUACGUAUUUCCCUUUGCGAGGUUUCCUUGUGCUCUUUGACCUCGCUCAAAUUGUCAAUGUGGUGUGGAUAUAUAUCAAGACACGCAUGUUUGGUCGUACACCUCGUGACAUUCGCGAAUGGACUCAGCCUCCCGAAUUCCAAUACGCCAUCUACUAUACCAAUAUCCUCUUCAUGGGUGCUGUGGGAUUGUCCUUUGCUCCUCUCGCUCCUGUCGUAGCCUUGGCCGCAGCGGUCGUCUUAUGGAUGAGCUCAAUUGUCGAAAAAUAUCAGCUCAUGUUUGUGUAUGUCACGAAAGUCGAAACUGGAGGCCGGUUGUGGAAUGUGGUUAUUAACCGACUCCUGUUCAUCCCUGUCUUGAUGCAACUGCUUAUGACCUUGACCAUCGGAUUACAAUAUGGCUGGACAACGUUCACCUGGGUCGCGACUUUACCUCCCAUCUUGAUUAUCGCUAUAUUCAAGGUCUACAUCACCCGCACAUUCGACAACAAGUUCCGUUACUACAUCCCGACACCCGAUGAACUGGCAGCUGCCAAGAUUCAUUCAGAGCGUGCUGAUGCUCGCGCCAAUAAGCUCGAAAAGCGUUUCGGUCACCCUGCCCUACAUGCCGACCUCUUCACUCCAAUGUUACACGCCAACAUGAUGGGAUUGUUGAGUCAAGUCUAUCAAGGCAAGAUUGCUCGGGACCACGCCAAGCUGGACGAGUACGGCGGGCAGAAAAUGGAGGCUCAAGUUGUCCAGGGAAUCAAGAUUGCUGCUAUCGACCAUCGCGAUCUCGAGUUCGAUCCAAAUCUAUACCGUCGCAACUGGGCAGACGUCGACAACUGGGACACACAAAGCAUUUCUUCGACAACGAUUUACGGGGACAGCUCGAAUGGCCACAGUAAAGCAUACCUUGCGGGUUACGACAACUACCUGGCAAGCGGGCCGAUGCCUAACAGUCCAGGAAUCGAACUGGCGCGUCUCGAUUCCAUGAAUGAGCCCCUGUUAAAUAGAGGCGGUUAUUUCAACGCAUCGCAAGCAUCAAUAUCGUCGCCUCCUUCGCUCUACCAGGAGCAGAUGACUCGAGAAGCGCCCAUACAUCGACCGCAGAGUGGUUACAACGACUAUAACCAGCAAUACCCGCCUCAACAAUACCCGCCUAACGCUCCUUACCAUGGUCAGGAUCCAUCACAGUAUUCGAUGCGGCCGGGGACGCCAACUCAGCAACACCAACAACAACGAAGUAUGUCUCCUGGCCCAAAUAGAAUGAUGGCACCGGAUCCACGAAGCAUGUCGCCUGGCCCCCAACGGGGCAUGUCGCCUGGUCCCCAGAGAAUGAUGGGAACUCCAAACCCACAACAGCAGAUGCAAAUGCAGCAACAACGCUCCAUGUCUCCUGGCCCACAGCGAAUGAUGGGCACCCCCAACCCACAAAUGCAACAACAACACCAACAACAACGUUCUAUGUCUCCUGGCCCACAGAGGAUGAUGACUCCAAAUCCAAAUCAGUACCCACAACGGUCCUACACACCGGGGGCAGAUAACAUGGCCGGCCGAGGCGCACAUAAAGGCUGA